AUGGCUGCAAGUGUAAAGCGAGAGAGAAGUACCAACUGGUCCUUGGCCGAAAUAACUGUUUUAACAGAUUUCGUCGAAAAGAACGAAGAAGUUCUUAAAGCCAAACAGAGCAAUUUGAUAACAAACGCUAAAAAGAACAGGAAAUGGGCAGAAGUGACAGAUCUGGUCAAUGCAGUUGGGGUACAACGCAGGUCGGUAGAACAAGUGAGGUUUAAGUGGGGGAAUCUGCAACAGGGGGCUAAGAAGACAUUUACAGAGGCCCGUAAACAUGCCAGGAAAACAGGCGGUGGACCUCCACCAAAACCCCCUACUGCCGGCGAGGAGAAGAUAAUUGAUUUAAUGAAGGACAAGCCAAAUUUCUGUGGGAUUGCUGGGGGCUUCGAGUCAUCAAUGCCAGGCACAACAGAAGAUAUACCCUGCUCUUCAAAGUCCGCCUCGACUCCCAGUCUCAGUUCAGUAUCCGAGUGCAGCGAAGCAGCAACGCAACAACCUAGUGAGAGGGAAGCAACAACGCAACAACCUAGUGAGAAGGAAGCAACAACGCAACAAGCUAGUAAUGAAGAAGCAGAGAUGCAGCAAGAGUCGUCGGUUGAGUCAAAAAGUGAACCCGCAAGCGAAGGUGAUAUAAUUUCUCCUCCACCUGCGCAGGCAAAGAGAAGGAAGGUCUCCCUUGAACAACUUCAAAAGAUGCAGUAUGAGGUUUUAUGCUGUCAGAAAAAAAACUUCGAACUGCAGAACAUGAAGCUCCUUAGAGACUUAGAACGGACAGACCUCGAGAAGAAGAACAUUCAACUACAAAAUGCCAAGCUGGCGCUACAGAUUGAAUGCCUGAAGCAGACUGUCUCUCAGAAUGAAAAUGCUCUACUAGCACUCCACGCAAUUACCGAUGAAUAA